GAGAAGCUGACACAGAGAGGAGAGGCGAAGAGUGUCAACAAAACAAACAUGGACCCUGAGACCCCCACCCAGACCGAGACCAUGGUGGAUGAAGAGGAGCCUCUUUUCAGUAACCUGGACCUCUUCCUCUUCUCCCUAAUUGUCGGCAUCGUCAUUUAUUGGUUCAUGUCCCGCAAGAAGCCCGAGCCCAUCCCCGAAUUCAAGAAACUUGAUACGCCAGCACCCACUACAAGAGAGACAAGUUUCAUCGAGAAAAUGAAGAAAACGGGCAAGAGCAUCAUUGUUUUCUACGGCUCCCAGACGGGCACGGGGGAGGAAUUUGCCAACAGACUGUCCAAAGACGCUCAGCGCUACGGCAUGAAAGGAAUGUCUGCCGAUCCAGAGGAGUAUGACAUGGGUGAACUGUCCCGUCUGUCAGAGAUCGAUAACUCCCUCGCCAUAUUUUGCAUGGCCACCUAUGGUGAAGGAGACCCCACAGAUAACGCCCAGGACUUCUAUGACUGGCUGCAGGAAAAUGAUGAUGAAGACCUCUCUGGACUCAACUACACGGUAUUUGCUUUGGGCAACAAGACAUAUGAACACUACAAUGCAAUGGGAAAAUAUGUCGACAAGAGACUGGAAGAACUUGGGGCCAAGCGCAUCUAUGACCUCGGUUUGGGAGACGAUGAUGGCAAUCUGGAAGAGGACUUUGUUUCAUGGAGAGAGCAGUUCUGGCCGGCUGUCUGCGAGCACUUUGGAGUGGAAGCCUUGGGAGAUGACUCAAGCAUACGGCAGUAUGAGCUGAAGGAGCACACAGACAUCAACAUGAACAAAGUGUACACAGGCGAGAUUGGCCGUCUGAAGAGCUUUGAGGUCCAAAAGCCAGGAGUCCAACAAGAAACACCCUUUCCCCUGCCCCACCACCUACCGCACAGCCCUGACUCACUACCUGGACAUCACACAUCCUCCCCGCACCAAUGUCCUCUACGAGCUGGCACAGUACGCUUCUGACCCCAAAGACCAGGAGAAUAUGCGCAAGAUGGCCUCCUCUUCCCCCGAGGGCAAGGCACUCUACCAGAAUUGGGUGUUGGAUGUCAGUAGAAACAUCCUCGCUAUUCUGGAGGAUAUGCCUUCCUUGAGGCCACCCAUUGACCAUCUGUGUGAGCUGCUGCCUCGUCUCCAGGCUCGCUAUUACUCCAUCGCCUCCUCCUCUAAGGUUCACACUAACGGCAUCCACAUCUGUGCCGUGGUGGUGGAGUAUCAGACCAAGACUGGCCGCAUCAACAGGGGAGUGGCCACCAACUGGCUGAAGAACAAAGUGGUCACUGACAACGGCCACAAGUCCACUGUUCCUAUGUACAUCCGCAAGUCUCAGUUCCGCCUGCCCUUCAAAGCCACAAUCCCAGUGAUCAUGAUUGGCCCUGGGACCGGAAUCGCUCCCUUCAUGGGCUUCAUCCAGGAGAGGGGCUGGCUCAAACAGCAAGGAAAGGAGGUUGGAGAGACGGUGAUGUUUUUCGGCUGCAGACAUAAGAUUGAGGAUUAUAUCUACCAGGAGGAGAUGGAGGAGGCAGAGAAGAAUGGAGUUCUAACAAAGCUUUUGGUUGCCUUCUCAAGAGAUCAGGAGCAAAAGGUGUACGUGCAACACAUCCUGAAGGAACAUAAGGAGUACCUCUGGAAGCUGAUUCACUCAGAAAACGCUCAUAUCUACGUCUGCGGGGAUGCGAAAAACAUGGCGAAGGAUGUGCAGACGACCUUCCAUGAGAUUGCAGAAGAACAGGGAAGCAUGACGCGCACCCAGGCCACAGAUUACAUCAAGAAACUGAUGACCAAGGGACGCUACUCACAAGAUGUCUGGAGUUAAACAGCUCCAACCCAGAUUCACUUGCUCUACUCAAGCGGUUGUUUUUAAUUAUUUUUUUAGAUUUACUGUAUGCAUUCUUUUAUCAGGACUGAAUAUAAAAAACAUUAAAACAUUUCAUACUCACCCUGGUUCAUGAAGAAGAUCAUGAGGCGGACCCUACCUCAGCAGGUUUUGUUUAUAAACCCAUUUAGCAACUUCAAUCUGUAUUUCCUACUCAUGUAUACUACAUCAUGUAUCAGGACCACCAGCCUGUAUGCCCAGUCAUCUUCACUUGAGUCGUGGUCCAAGUCCAAAAGUACACUUACCCAGUCUGGAUCAAAGGGCCUGCAAAGAGUCUCUGGUGUAAAUGAAUGAAUCGGUGUAAUUGGAUAUUUUUUACUGCAAAUCUGGUUGCUCUGGUAUUAUAUUUAGCCAAUUAGAUGAAGAAACCCGCUGUCCAAAAUUCCUUAAUGAAUCAUGUAGGUUUACGAUCAGUAAGAAGCACAAGCUCAGUUUUGAUCAGACACAUUUUUACUCAAUCAACAUUUGUGCUGAGUCCAACCAUUCGGUCAUCUGAUCAGAUUUUCUUUCAUCAAAACUGAUGAAACUCCAAACUGAUGAUCCAUCAGUUUUGUGGGACAGGGACUCAUUGAUCCCAACCUGUGGUUGUACAUAUUAUAAUUCACUGUGAACAUGAAGCCAAAACAAUAAAAGCUCAUUCAAUUUGCCAUCCCAAGACAUCUGUAGCUUUAAACCCUUCGGUUUAACUGAUUGCAGACUUAACCCCAGAGUAAAUAACAAUGCAUUGUAUUGUAUGUCUCAGUGAAUACACUGAGCAUUGUGCUUCCCUGUUGCUCCCGCAGUUUUCUGUAUAAACACUCAGAGAAGCUUUAGGCAUUAAAGGGUGCUUCCAUUAAACAAGUUUCUCCGUUGAUCCAGUAGUACUUUUGAAUGUACUUCAAAUACAUGAAUUGUUUCAGAAAUGUACAAAACUUGUGAGGAAACUGGUGUAGCAAACUGGCAUCUUAGGUACAUUAUAUGUUUACCUUUGUAUUUUGACAAGGGAUUUAGCCUUUUAUGCAUAAGUUGCUGUUUGUUUUAAAUCGGUAACAGUAACCUUUUGAGAGGCGCAAUGUGGUGCAAAGGGGAGGGAAAAUCAUUUAUUGAAAAAAAGCAAGAUUAUUUGUAUUUCUUUUCCGAGCAGCCUGCCUUUAAACAUAAUCAAAAUGAAUCUAGAGGUACCCGGUUAUUUUUGUAAAAUGUUUGAACAUUAAACUUGCAUCCAGAUCUGGCCUCCCAAAUGGCAUUUUUGAAUUUUAUUUUAUAUGCAUUUGACAGCAGAGGAAUAUUAAAUGAGUUUGUCAUGUGACAUUAACACUCAAGAUGUAUGACAGCCAUCUCUGUUUGGCAAUUUUAUAUGUAUAUAUAUAUUUUUAAAGUGUCCAGUCACAUAUGCAUCACUACAUGUAGAAGAUGACCAGACAUAUCCAAACUUUGUUGUGUGUCUCUUAACUCUGUCAGUGCUCAUCUCAGUGCUUUUUUUGUUAAUAUGAGGAGCUUAAAGAGUGCAGCCUGUGCCUUUUUAACACUGCCUUAUGUGUUAGUUACACUUGAUACUUUUCUUGUCUUUUAACAGUUUUUUUUCUUUCCCUGCUGAAAGUUUCAUAAAGUCUAAUUAAUCUGAGACACUUUAUCCAGCGUUGUCACUUUUUCUCAUUCCAGUUUAUGAUGUGAUUAUUUGAUUGUAUCACAGCAUGCAUUUUUUUUUCAAUGAAUAAAUUUGGAAUAAUUUGUCAA